UAUAUUACAAUAUAAUACAUCUUUAGAAGAAAUAUUACAAAUCAUAUAUAUAUGUUGGUUAUUUUGGUAUUAAAUACUAUUAGAAGUUGUAUUAUGUCAUUUUCACUAAAAAGAUGGAAUAAAUGAGUCGAAAAUAUGUCGAACACAAUAAUUUCAAAAAUUGCAUGAAUCGUAAAAACUGAAUCGAAUCGUGAAUCGAUUGUGAAUCGUGCGAUUCAUUAGAGAUUCACUUCUGAAAUAGAUUCACUCAUAGAUUCGUAUCGAUUUUGCAAAAAUUACGUAUCGAAUCAUGAAUCGAAUUGCGAAUCGUAAGAUUCUGAUAACAGAGAUUAUAUUAAGGGAAGGUUGAACUUGGUGUCUAAGCCUUUGCUUGCUUUUUCUUAAGCCACGUGUCUCUCAUUUCUUAUGUCAUGUGUCCCUCAUUUUUCUAUUUGAAAAAAAUAAAAAUAAAAAAAUAGACAAAUGGGAGGAGUGGGACUUGGACCUUAGACCUUGAGUGUAUUGAAGAAGACUCUGACCACUUGAGUAGCACACAAUAUAUGGUAAAAUAAGAAAGUAGAAUUUUCUGAAAAGUGAAUUCUGGAAAUCAAAACCAAGUAGAGUGAAUGUUAUCCGUCAAGCAAAUUACUUUUUCGAAUAAUACCUUAAAACAUAAUCUUCUAGUACAUACCACCACCAUCACCAUUUCUUAGUACACGCUAUUGGCCACCACCAUUAACUACCACAACCGCCGCGACCUCCUCCAUUCUUCGCCACUUCUCUCAAAUUUUGUCACCUCCUCCUACCUAGCCUUGUUGCACCCCUCUACCGCUACCCAUUUUCUCACUGCUUCCACCUUCGACUACACAAUUCUAGUCCAAUUCGUUUCCUUUCUCAUCGCCUUCCUUUGCUUCUCCUUCUCAUUUUGCUCUUUUGUUGCACUCCUUUUCCAGUCUUCUUGGAUUUUAAGGUGUGGCGAAAUUAGACAAUAAAACUGAGAAGGAAGUGGUGAUGAAAGAAGAAAAAGGCCAAGUGACACGAGGGAAGGAAUUAAAUUAAAAUUUUAAAAUUAAAAAAAAAAGUAUUUUAAUAUUAUUUAAAUAUAUAAUAUAAAUUGAGUAAUUAACAUGUAGUUAGAGAAUAUGCUAAAAGCUCCCAAACAUAAAUGUAACUAAUUUAAAGGUGAUGGUUUGACACCGAUGUGGGACUCCCACCCAUUAAUGCUGCGGAUAGCCUCAUGCCGCAUGCUGCUAUUGGCUUUUUUGGGCUUUUGAAGGUUAAUAAUGUAAUUUUAAGUGUGCCAGUAAGGAUCAAUAAGUCCUUACAAAAAUUUUAAUUGCCAACCAAUUAUCAGGCGAUUGUGUUGAAAUUUUUGUAGCCUCAAUGAAGAGGAUUUUUACUGGUGGCUUUGCUUAAGAGACGGUUUUAAAGAUAUGGAAAAUAACAAUAAUAGAUAAAAACAAUUUUAUGAACUGAAUUUCAUUAAAUAAUACGAACUUACAAUGACCCAGCCUCAAAGAGGUUCACAACAACAAAUUACUUGAAACUACUCCUAAGAAUUGAAGUGUAGUACAUGAAUUGAAGAAUUGGGAAUUUAAAAACUGGAAAGAAAAAUAUGAAAUAAGUAGUUGAUUUUUGGAUCUGAGUCUGGGUCCUUCUGUUGGCCUUCUCUUCUAUUUAUACUUUCUAAUGGUAAUUGUCGUAGUGGGCUUCUAACCGUUGAAAUGCCCUUCCACGAUAUAUGGUCAUGGCCUCGCACAGUUAGCUUCCACUACGCCAUUCUUGUAGUUAGGCUUCUCUCCUGAAUUUGAAUUUGAAUUUGAAUUGUGAGUAACCGUUGGGCCACGUCAUCUUGCGCCUUCUAACUGCUCCAAUGCUGCGCAGAUCCGUUAUUUCUAAUAUGAACUGCUACGUGUCUGUCGUUGAUUGGAGACUUGUAUUAACUCCCUAAAUUACCCUUUAUGAGCCACGUGUUAAGCUGCAAUUGGCUUAUACAAAAUAUAUAGCCAACAUUACCCUCCACACUAAUAUACCGAAUACUUGGCGAUAUUAGUGGGUCAAUGUACUUUGCCCACGUCCUAGGACGUGCAUGGACUUUGUUUAUUUUGGAAGUGUAACCAUUUUCCGGGCAAUGACGCAUUGACCUUCUUUAAAUUCUUCCUUGCGAUUUGAACCUCCAUUAUCUACGUAAACGAAAGGACUGAUACUCUCCUGAUGGCUAACCAACCCGCUUCUUUCAUUGAUCAAGCAUAUGAAGAGUUUUGGACAAUGAUGAUCAAUCUCGAAAGAACCUUCAUGCAUUUGUUGGCCACAUUUAUCCACCUCCAUUUAUACAAGUUAUGGAAGCUUUUGCACAAUAUGAGUCUCUGGGCCAAGCACUUGCACAAAUGGAUCUUGGAAGCUCUUCAUCUGUUCAAAAACUCUCUGCAUGGGAUGAAUCUGCUUCCUCUUCUUCUGGAAAUACUAGCUGGUGUACUUGGCCCACACCAGCUCAACUUCAAACAAGGGAGCAAAUCCACCAUCGAUUUCCUGAAUUUGAUGACCCCACUGCAAUCCACCCCUCUAUGAGUAACUCUGUAGUCUAUCUAUAUGUUCCCUUCGACCGUCUUCGUAGUCUCGAAGACAACUUGCUUUCAGCAUGGUACACUUCUACCUUGCCGACUAGAAUAGUGCGAAAGACCCCGCACCCCAUUGAAGCUUUGGGAAUCAGCCCCUAACUCUUUGCCAAGAAAGCAAAACUUUGCUCCUCUGACUGGCUAGAAUGUGUGAACGAGCCCCAGUUUCCACCUUCAUUUGGCGGGGACUCAACUGCUCCUUUCCUACCUUCCAACCCUAAUUGGAUUGAGGAAUUGAAGCUUACCCUUUUCGAAAGCCAGCAUUUUGCUCCUAACCAGGCUCUAGUUCCUCUUGUUUAUCAGCAAUAUAGAGGCCUAGACUCUGCUUGCUGCUUUCUCUCACUUAUCCUUCUAGGUCCUUCGAGAUGACAUCCCUCACAAGAAUCUUUUAUGGGCUUGUGAUAUUGUCUCUCGAAGAUGCAUUCUCAACCCUGUGGCCCAGGCAGAGCUUCGCACUUUCCUGGAUCAGCUCCCUUUACUGCUGAACUGGCACAAAAAUGCUUCUGCUAGUAGUGAAUCCCUGGAGGAGAUCUCUGCUGCUUGCAUUCAGACCCAGUACAAGGCAGAGAAUCUUCUUGAAGAGUAUGAGGACUUCAAGAACCAGGAUUCAGAGUAUGGAGAAGAUGUCAACAUGCGUGAUACGCAUGGGAGGGGAGAGAUGGAUGAAGUGGAGAGAGCUCUUAAGCAAACAAUGUUUGAAAUGAAGGCCUAACAACUCUUCUUCUAAAUAAGGGCUCAUCAAUUAGACAAACCAAACUUGGUUAGGAUAGAAGAAAGGCUGGAAAAGAAAUAUGUAUUUAUUGAGUUUUGCUGGACAAAAUUUCAUGACCUUGUUACAUUGUCCAUUCCUUACUUUUAUGAGAUUGAGAAUGUAGCCAAAUAAGCCCUCCCAAUGUAAGUAUUUAUAUCAAUAAAAUUGGGUUUUUCAUAUUCCAAUUGUAUGGUUAAUAUAACCUUAUCCCUCACUUUGUUCACAUAAUCUAUGAGUGGCAGCUUCGAAGUAACCAAUCUUGCUUCGAAGCCUAGUUUACGUUUCUCGAAACAUGGAGUUUCUCUUUAAAGUGACAAUAUUUGUCUUCAAAGGGGUUUGUUUUAAUAGAAAGUUCAAGAAAGUACUUUUAUGUGUGGGUUAGUCCUCUGGUCUUUGAAAUUUCCACAUUGCUUGACCAAGUACUCGCUUUGUAGUGCUUACUUAUUUUGGAGUCAAAAAAUCAGGCAAGAGCCAUAUUCUAAUCACAGAAUACUACAAAGACUCCUUUGAAGGAAAUUGCCUUCUAUGGAAAGCCUAAGAGCAUACCCUCAAAACCUUUGAAGUAAACAAACCCCAACUAUACUUGAGUUUAACGUGUAAAACUGGCUUUGUUGAAGCCAACUACCUGUUUUCGAAGCCAAGUUGAGUAUUUGAAAUGUGUUUCCCUCCCAAAAUGCUGCUCUUUAAGGAAACUUUCCUCCUUGUGUUUUCAGGACCCGCUUUUGUUUUAAAAUAAAGGCCUUAAUCCCACACGGGUCAAAAUAAUCAAUUGAUUGAUUUGGGUCUACUUGACCUGUUAGGUUGAAUGGGUAAUUUUGGAAAGAAAGGUUUAAAACUCCAAUUUCUCGCGAUCUUUCCUAUUCACUUGUCUAGUAUUUCCCUUUCACUCUCAUUGCUAUCGAGUUUAAGUUCUUACCCUUCUCAAAUUCACUCUUUACACCCUUCUUUCAACCUCUCACUAAAUGGCUUCUUCCUCCUCGAAAGUACCAGUUAUUGAGCGUAUGAGCUCGUCUGUGGCUUUGAGGAGGUGUCUCAAUGAAGAGAUUGACAAAUACAAAGCUGGUGAACCAAGUGCCAUUGAUGGGCGCAUCUUCGUCCCCCGUCACCAUGCUUAAGGGGAAUACAUCCUCGAACCUAUCUUCAGAGAAGCCCCUGCCCAGUUUCCUGCUCUGUACCCUCGCUUGGAGGAUCACCAACUUCUUUACGAAGGGAAGCUUGAUUGGGGAAGGUAGAGGAUGAACCGACCUCACCGCUGGUGGCCCACAUUGAGGACAGAAUGGGAGGAAUGGUAUGAUAGAGUUGUUCCUACCAGAGAAUGGAACCUACAAGAACUCUGCAUCCUCGAUGCCCUUCGUCUUUCCAGGUUCAUUAUCCUGAAGACCCCUUUUUGAUUUCUGUUGCCCUUUGUUUUUGGAAUUCAUCUUUUAAUUUUUUCCAAUUCCGAUAUGGUGUGAUGGCUCCCACUGUCCUUGAUAUCUGCCGUCUCCUGGGGCUCUCAUCAAUUGGUGAUCCCUUCACUCCUGAUUACCCAAACCCUCCGGUCAACUUCACCAUUCCAUCUUGGACUCCUCCUUUAGUGAUUUUGUAAAUACUAAAAACAAGAGGGAAGGUCCCGUCACCGAUUGAGAGUUCUUUUCAUUUAUUCUAUAUUGGCUACGCAAAUUCCUUUUUUGUACUUCAUCUCAGAAGAUUAUGCCUGAGUUUGUCCCUCUUGCCAAGGCUCUUGCUUCGAAGAAGAAGAUAGCCUUGGCUCCUUAUGUUCUAGGCCAUGUUUAUAGGGGCUGCUCCCAAUUUUGUGAGAAACCUUUGGAUAUUAAUCAAGGAGGCCCAUUGGGUACUCCAACUCUGGCUUUGUGUAUACUUUACUGACUUGCACUCCAGAUGUUUAAAAUUUCUAGAGCGAGACUCCACUACCUAUGGAGAGAAAUAUGCCAGAGUUUCCCUUUACCCUUCCAACUUUGCUUAUUACUUUACUUUCUUCUAUCAACUCCCUGCUUCCUCCCUUUUCACCUUCUUCUGCCCCUUCAAAGCUAACACAGGGCCAGCGUGGCUGAGAACUUUUUUGGUUGAUAAGAGAUGCUCCAGGCCUUUACACAGAUAUGUGGGCCUCUAUUCUGAUUCAAAGGGAGCUCUUUAUUGGCACAUUGAAUCCUCGAGCUUACAAGUGCAUCUCUGAAGCCUACUGCCCCUCCCAAUGUGCUAGGCAAUUUGGGCUCAUUCAGGGGAUUCCUGUCCCUCUCUGCAGCCUCUCUAAUUCAGAUCUUGCAACUAGAGAACUAAAGGUGCCCAAAACCAGGUUGAAUGAAGCAACCUUCAAACUGAUAACAGACUUGGAUGAAUUUGAAUUCUUUCCCUUCAUCCCACAAGGCGUCGCCCUAAAGAGAUAUCAAAAUUGGUGGAUAGCCAACAUGGAGGUGCACUUGGUUAUGUACCCCAAGGAUCUGCUGAAAGGGCUAGAUGUGCCAUCAGUCAAGCCCAAGGAGACUGGCAUCACCAUUGCUUCCAUCAUUGCUCCUGCUGCCUCAUCUCCUCCUCUUAGAGUUACCAGGGCCAUCUCAAAGAAGGCUGCAGGGACUUCUCAGGAGGAAUCUCCCAAGAGGACUCAGGCCUUGGAUAUUCUCAAGGGCAAGCAACAACAACAAAGAAAAAGAAAAAGAAAAAGAAAACUUUUGCUUGACUUUGAAGAGGAAGCACCUAAAGCUCAUUCAGAGAAGGAGGAAGAAGGAAAAGAGGAAGCGCCAUUGAAAAGAAAGAAGAAGACAUUCUCUCCUUCUGAGCUCAUCAGGAACCCCACUCAUGCCAAAGCAGUGGAGAAGGAACAGUCCAAGGAAAUUAUUAUUUUUCAGAGAUCAGAAAAGAGGAGGCAGCAACAAAUACAAAAGGAAGAAGCUGUAGCUCCUGAGGCAAGAAAGAAGCAAACUGCGAGGAGUAAAACUGUUGAUCAUUAUGCCCUUUGCAGUUCUCCCAUCAUUACCACUACAACCACUGAAGUUGCAGCCAGCCUACCCCUUCCCACUUCAACAUUACCUUCUUCUACCUUGUCUGGGAAUGAGGGGCCCUUCUUGACUUCCUCAGAACUAAAGGUAACUUUAAAAGGAAAAGGGAAAGCUAAUCUUGGAGUGCCAAUGAGUGUAGAAUCCCUCCAGCUAAUGCUUCCACUUUCUGGCUCUACACUCCCCAUGCCUUCUUCCCUUUUUUCCUUGAGGCCAAGCAUUCCAUCUUCCCUUUCUCCUGGCUCUUUCAACCCCUUGAACCUGCCCCUGAUCUUAAUUGCCUUACCUCUGCAGACUUCUCCCAGAGUCCUGGCUACCCCAUUAUCACCUGAGACUCUGAGAGAACUCCAGUUGUUACUUCUUCUUUAGUGGCAGCUGGUGUUUUCAAAGAUGACACUGGCAGCUCACCAAUUUCCUCUCUACCAUCCAGCUCUAGUCCCUCUUCUCUCGACUUACUGAUAGCCAGGACCAUAGAUACUGUUGGGAAAUCCUCUACUCCCUCUCCUAUCCCCAUGCUUCCAUCUCUUCCUUCAAUUAUUGAUUCCUCUGUAUUGCUAAUGUCAGAGGAAGAGGUGGACAUCUUUGAAGCCCAGCUGGUUAGCGUAUUUGAUAUAUCUCCACCAGCUCGAGCAACAAGCAGUGAGACUGAGCCAUUGAUCCUUGCUAACUCCCUUUUGGAGAUUUUUUAGAGCUCUUCCACUGUUGCAGAAACCUCUUGGUCUCGGGUGGACUUAGGCAACUGCUUGGACUUGUUGAGAUCAUUCUCGAGGCUUCCAUUUGAAGCCCUACAAAAACCCAUGAUCAAAAAUAGUUUCCUCAAGUGUUGCAAAAUCUUUGAGCAGUCCAACAUGGCCUUCGUAAGCUACUUAUCCAUUGACUUUUAUAUCAAUAUUUGCCAUAUGGCCAAAGCUGCAGAAAAGGAGAUAUUGAAGGACAAAGAGUUUGUAUCUCAAAUUCAUGUUGAAGUGUUUGAUUUGAAGGGACAACACUCUUGUGCUUCUCAACUUUGAACCCAACUCUUGCAGAGGAAGGCCCAGCUGAAGGAGUUAGCAGCAGUUAACCUAGCAUUGGAUCAAAAUGCUGAGAGAUUACAAACUACUAGCCAAGGCUAUCUGACAGGAGGCAGGAGAUGGCUACAGCUAUACGGUUGUUCCCAUCCCUUAGGAGUAGAGAGUCAAUUGUAAGGGAACAACAAAGACAUUGUACUGAUUUUUGGGCCAAUUUAUGGCUUCGUAUACUUAAAUCUUUGUGAAAUGAAAAUCCUUAUUGUAUAUAUUUUGCCCUUGAGUGUUCAAUGCUCAUUUAUUACACUAACUUAGCAUUUCUUACACUCCUUGUGUUUCCCACACAGUGGAAAAUAAGGUUU